UGUAUUAGACGGUAACUUUUUUUACAGCAGAUUUGUUACAAAAAAUUAUUCACAAAAAUCUGUUUACAAUAAAAAGGAAGCAAAUUGCCGACCUGUAUUACAUGAAAUUAUUUCUGUGAACAAAAAUAUUACGUGAGACGGCGCAGUAACGAUUUUCAGGUAGUUGGUAUGAAUAAAAACACUACAAAAUCAUGUAGUUACUUUUGCUUCUCAAAGUUUGAAGUGUGAGAUUGUACAUAACCUAUAGGUAUUAAUUGUUUUAAAUUCAACAAUUUAUUAUGAAUUUUGCCAAUGCCAAAAAAAUAGGAGUGUUAUCGGCUGCAGCUGGAGUAAUAUGCGUUUUACUAAUGAAGCAGCUGAAACAAAAAACUAAAAAAAAAAGAAGAAUAUGGUCUGAAAAGUGGCUUUUAAAGCGGCAAGAUGGAAGAGGUGUUCUACAUAUGUUAGAACAAGAAUUGCGAACGGAGGAUCCCGAAUCUUAUCGCCAAUUUAUUAGAAUGUGUGGACAACAUUUUGAUGAACUUCUUGAAUGUAUACGAAGUGAUAUUGUGAAACAAACCACUAACAUGAGAGAAAGUAUUUCUGCUGAAGCAAGGUUAGCAUUAACUCUAAGAUUCCUUGCAACAGGAGAAACUUAUCGAUCUCUAAUGUUUGCCACCCGAAUACAUGAAAGCACCAUUAGCUUGAUAAUUCCUGACGUUUGUAAUGCAAUCUGUGAAAAAUUAAAAUCUGUAUAUUUACAGAUGCCAACUACAGAAUUGGAGUGGAGAGUUAUUGCCUCCGAGUUUCAAAAACAUUGGAAUUUUCCAUUAUGUCUAGGUGCCAUUGACGGAAAACAUAUAAAUUUUAGGCCUCCACGAAGUUCAGGAUCAUACUACUUUAACUAUAAAGGGGAUCACAGUAUUGUGCUUCUUGCAGUUGCAGAUGCAUCUUACAAAUUUCUGUACGUUGAUAUUGGUGUCAAUGGUAGAGUAAGCGAUGGAGGAGUUUAUAGAGAAUCCUCCUUAAAAUGGGCAAUAGAUCAUAAUACAUUAAACUUUCCUCCCCAUGAAUGCUUACCUGGUCAAAAUACACAAUUGCCUUAUACAUUUGUAGCUGAUGAUGCAUUCCCUCUAUCAACGAGAAUCAUGAAACCGUAUCACAGUCGUGGAUUGACAAAUGAGCGAAGAAUAUUUAAUUACCGAUUGUCACGGGCAAGACGAGUAAUUGAAAAUUCGUUUGGCAUCUUGGCCAAUAGGUUCAGGAUUUUAUUAAAUACAAUAAAUUUGAAUCCUGAUAAAGUUGAACUAAUUACCUUAACUUGUUGUAUUUUACACAACUUUUUAUUAGAAAAAAAUCCGAGAUAUUUAGAACCAUCUGAAAAUACCGAGGAUAAUAUAGGUAAAUUGAAAAAGUUGACAGAUAUGCAAGGUGGCAAUAGAGCUGCCAGUGAAGCUUUAGAAGCACGAAAUUUAUUUUCAAGAUUUUUUGUUACGAAUGGGGCAGUACCAUGGCAGAACGAUGUUUUGUAAUGACAGUGGUUAUUUUGAAAUUAAUAUAAACCAAAAAUAGUA